AUGUUUGGCCAAAAUCGUCCAGCAUUUGGUAAUAACCAAGGGUUUGGAGGGUCAUCCUCCAGUCCUUUUGGUAUGCAACAGAACCAGCAGCAACAAAAUAGCAGCUUUGGGAAUGCUAAUUCUAAUACCACUAGCCAAUCACCAUUUGGUGGGUUUGGAUCAGGUGGAGCAUCAACCUCGGGCACUUCUUCAAUGUUUGGUAAUUCCAAUAAUGCUAAUAGGCCUUUCAGUGCUACUGGAACAAAUAAUAAUGUAGGUGGAUCUCUUUUCGGAGGUGGUUUAACAGGUGGUGCUAACAUUACAGCAACAUCAACCUCAUCUAAUCCAAUGGGUGGCUUGUCUGGUGCUGGUUCAGGCACUGCAAUUAAACCCUAUACCGCCUUUCAAGAUAAAGAUGCAACUACGGGAAGUAUUAAUGUAUAUCAAUCAAUCUCAUGUAUGCCAGAAUAUCGAAACUUUUCUCCAGAAGAAUUAAGAUUUCAGGAUUAUCAAGCUAAUAGAAAGUUUGCAACUUCAAAUACUAAUCAAUUUGGUACCACCUCCAAUAGCAUUGGAACAUCUGGCUUUGGUAACACGUCAGGUGGGCUGUUUGGCCAACAAAAUAAUAUGACAUCUGGAACAGGAUUUGGCUCAAAUUCAUCAAAUACUGGUACAAAUCAGUUUGGCAAUAAUGCAGGUGGGUUUUUGAAUAAUUCUUCAAAUACCACGAAUUCUUUUGCUUCAAGUAAUAACAACACCUUUGGUAUGAAUAAUUCAGCUGGCUCUUCGUUAUUUGGUAACAAUCAAAAUAAUAGUACUAAUGGUGGCCUAUUUGGACAAAAUAAUACUACUACUAAUAAUAAUAAUAUGGGUAGAUUUGGGCAGCAGAAUAAUGCUUUUGGAACAAAUAACGCUAGUAAUGCAGGUACAGGCUUAUUUGGUCAAAAUAAUGGCCAAAAAGGAAAUGGCUUAUUUGGCCAAAACAAUAAUAAUAGUUUUGGUAAUAAUGCCCAACAAGCAGGGGGUUUUUUUGGUCAAUCUGCUAACAACCAGCAGGCAGGUGGUAUCUUUGGUCAAUCUAAUAUGCAAACUUCUAAUAAUAGCAAUGCCGCUGGGGGCUUAUUUGGUAAUAAGCAGGGAACUAGCUUAUUUGGACAAGCUACUUCCACUCAACAAAGUGGUGGCUUGUUUGGACAAUCUAAUACUAAUUCUAAUCAGCAAUCUAAUAAUUUAUUUGGCCAAUCUAAUAAUAAUCAAAGUGGAGGUUUAUUUGGACAAAAUUCUGGUAGCCAACAACAAUCAGGAAGCUUAUUUGGACAGCCAAAUAACCAACAAUCUGGAGGGUUGUUCGGCCAAUCCAAUAACAACCAACAGCAAGGUAGAAGUUUGUUUGGUCAAACAAAUAGCAAUUUCUCGGGUUUUGGCCAGCAAACCCAAACUCAAGCAUCAGGUGGAUUAUUUGGUAAUAAAUCUACCUCCGGUAGUUUGUUCAGUCAAUCAAACCAGAACAAUGGAUUUGGAUCUAAUAUGAAUUCUAAUACUGGUGGUAUAUUUGGACAAAAUAACAAUCAGCAACAACAAGGUGGUGGCUUGUUUGGUCAAAAUAAUAACCAAUCGCAACAAGGAGGUGGAUUAUUUGGGCAAAAUAACAGCCAACAGCAGCCUGGUGGAUUAUUUGGUCAAAAUAAUUCUCAACAAUCUAAUUCAUUGUUUGGAAACAAACCGGGGGGCUCAGCUGGUGGGUUAUUUGGUAAUAAUAAUAAUAGCUCGGGUCAACCAGGUAGCUUAUUUGGGAAUAAUAACUCUCAGCAGCAAAAUGGUGGGUUGUUUGGAUCUAGGCCUGCCACCCAGUCUAAUGGCUUGUUUGGUAACAAUUCGAACCAAAACUCUUUAACAAACAAUACAGGAGGCUUAUUUGGUAAUAAAACUAGCAACUCAGCGGGCCUUUUAGGAAAUAAUACCGCUGCAUCUAACGCAGGUGGGCUCUUUGGAAAUUCAGCUGCUAACAGCACAACGAGUGGUGGGUUAUUUGGCUCUAGUCAGAAUACUCAAGCUGGUUCAUUGUUUGAUGCUAAGCAGAAUCCACAAUCUGGUGGGCUAUUUGGCAAUAAUUCUAAUACAUCUAGUACUGCUGGCGGAUUAUUUGGUGCAAAGCCAACCAUAGGAAAUAAUUCAAGCCUACCCUUCGGUAAUUCAAGUACCAUCGCAACCUCAGGAAAUUCUCUAUUUAGUACUAAUAAUGCAAACCAACUAAACUCAUCAACUUUAAGUCUCAUUGGCUCUCAGCAACAUACCUCUGUUAGUGACCCAUAUGGCACAAAUGAGUUAUUCUCUAGAAUAACUGUUCCAAGCUCGUUAGUUCCCAAACCAAAUCCCAUGAUUACUAAAAUAGAAAGCUUGGCUAAAAAUAAUAAACUUACAUCUGCAUAUAAGUUAAAUCCUACUCCUCUAUUUUCUAAUCUGAAAUCGAAAUCUAGGACUGUAUCUUCUACCCUAACUUUAGGUUCUUCCACUAAUAACACCCAUCAACCUAAAUCACUCCCUGAUACAAAUGCGACUGUUACUUCUGGAUCACUAUUAUUAGGUGAUGUAAAAAAUAAUUCAAAUGAUGCAAUUUUAUCUGUUUCUAAUAUGUUUGGAAAUAAUAAAAUGCAAGACUUUAAGACAUUAUUGAUUAAUAGGCGAGAGAAAGCUCAGGCUCUUGAAAAUAGAAUUUCAAGUACAGAUGAAGAUCCUAGUACCAGACUUACAUUUAAAGUUAGUUCUAAGAAAGAAUGCAAGGAUAGCGAUCAAGAAAAGAGUAGUACGGAAUCAUCGAUAUUUGAUCAACCCCAAUUCACUCCCACUAUUAGCAGUUCAAAGAAUAAAAUUAUUGACGACGAAAAGAAAGCACAUUAUGAGGAAAUGGAUAAAUCGAAAUCCAGAACAUCUUCCAAUGAUUUUACUCAAACUAAUAUUAUGAAAAAGGCAUCAAUAGAUGAUGAAGAUGAUAUUACAUGGCUAGAUAAUGGGUAUUCUAUUUCACCAUCUCUUGAAACACUAAGUUCUAUGAGUAUUUUACAGUUAAGAAAGGUGUCCGGCUUAACGGUUUCUCAUCCUCCGUACGGUAAAAUUGAAUUUCAGGCUCCAGUUGAUCUAUCUACUGUUCCAAUCAUUCCAUUAUGUGGAGAUAUCAUUAGUUUGACAAAUGAUAGCUUUUUGAUCGAAAAUGAGGAAGGUGAUGGAAAUGCACUAAAUGGAAUGAAUGUGGCUGCUAAAAUUACCAGAUAUAAUUGUUUUCCAAUAAGAAAAGAAAACAAGGAAUACAUAAAGGAUCCAAGUCAUCCAUUGAUGCAAAGACAUAUCGAAAGAUUAAAAUCGAUGCCUGGUGUUACAUUUGAAAGCUUUGAUCCAACAACUGGUAUGUAUGUUUUUUCUAGUCCAAAUAUUGUGUCUGUAUUUCUGUAA